CUCUUUUUUUUUUUUCUUCAUUCAGUGCUUUAUUUUUCCCCCAUUUAGCUUGCUCUAGUUGCUUGGUGGACCGUCGGAUGGCUGCUGAGAUGGCGGGAGAGGAGAGUGCAUCCAGCGCUCAGGCACUGCCCAUCGGCGGCAAAGCGACCCCGUCCGCCCCGUCCUCCGCCACCACUGCCAGCGAAGGUGGUCCUCAGAAGUACGGCCGCCCGCUCGUCGAGGUCUACGGCCUUGCGUUGCAGUUCCUGCGUCAAAAUAGCCAAUCCUUCCUUGUCGCGCUGCCGUAUGCCGAGAAAAACGCGCUGUUUGCAUACAGAAAGCAAGUCCAGCACGGCACAUACGCCCCCGAGAAGAUGCCCGACGUUGGCUUUUUCGAUUUCGUCGGCAAAGAUCAGAGAAAUGCAUGGCAAGCCCUGGGCAACAUCUCGCGAGAGGAGGCCAUGGCAGGCGUCAUUCAGAUUCUGGCAGACUCCGACUCGUGGACGCAGUUUGUCACUGAGGCGAUCGCCGCCAAGGUCGAAGAGGAGCGGAAAGCGCGAGAGCAGGCAGAGGCAGAGGCCCGCGAGCUUGCUCGUCAACAAGAGGAGGAGCGUCUGAAGCGAGAGGAGGCCGUGCGACAGCAACAGCGCCUUGAACAGCUGCAGCAACAGCAAGCCGAAUUGCAGCAACAACAACUAAAGCAACAGCAAUUACAACAGCAGCAACAACAGCAGCAACAAUACUCACACCCACAUCCUUCACAACAGGCUUCAGGCCAUCACGGACAUUCCCACGACGGCGACCACCACGGACACUCGCACGACGGCGAGCACGCACACUCGCAUGACCUAGUCCAUGAUCAUGCGCAUCAGACUGCAGAGACGUUGGAUGCGGCUGGCGAAAAGCUGGCUGCGCACCAGCGCUUCGUUGAGGCUGUCCGAGGCGACCCAGAUUCCGUCCUCGUGAUUGGUCGAGGCGAGACUGCCACCGUUCGGCUGACGGUCGGUAGCGAUGCACCUUCCACGCCCUCGCCCUCGGCCGUCAAUGGCAAUGCUGUUGUGUCGACCAUCGCCCCUGCGGAUGCGGCCAACUCCUCCAACGGAUCCGACGUCCCUCCCCCGGUUCCCAAGAAAUGGCACACCACCUGGGAGUUUGCGACCGAAUCCUACGACAUUGGCUUUGGCGUCACGUUCGAGACCAACUCGUUCUCCCACACGGCAGUCACACCCAUCUUGCCAACGCUGCGAUCAGAGUCCAACCUGCAAGUCGUGCGCGGUGCGCAUACGACUGAUCUCCCCGGCGUGUAUUUAUUCAAAUUCGACAACUCGUUCUCCGUAUUUCGUUCCAAGACUCUUUAUUUCCGGCUGUACACGCAGCCAUUAUAUGCGUGAGCUGCUUGCUUUUUGAUGAGGUUUUUGUGUGUGUUGAUUGUUUGGCUUGAACGGUGUUUUUUUUGGCGCUCUGUUUCCUCUCGCAAGGACCCUUUCUUUUGCCUUCCCAAUCAACUGAGGAGGAAAAACUGAAUCGAUGAUACUGUAUUGCCUGAGAUGUUUGUGCUUGUGGUGUUUGAGUUUUUGCAAUCGUUGUUUAUGACCAAAGCUGAUACUUUUUUUUUUGUUUGUUUUUCGUUGCCCAAGAGAGUUGCACAUUCGUUCUUGAUUGUUCUAUUGAUC